AUGUCUAACGUAUUAGCUUCUUCUUCACUUUUUAAACUUGCACUUGUUCAAAUAGGUGCAGGCUUUGAUAAAUCUAAAAAUUUAUCUCAUGCUAAAGCAAAAAUUCUCGAAGCUGCUAAAAAUGGAGCUCAAGUUGUUGUUUUGCCUGAAUGUUUUAAUUCUCCCUACGGCACUAAAUAUUUUCCUGAAUAUGCUGAGAAUUUAGAAGGAGGGGAAUCAGUAAAAAUGUUGUCAGAUGCUGCUAAGGAAGGAAAUGUAUACCUUAUUGGUGGAUCUAUUCCUGAAAAGGAGGAAUCCACAGGUAAAAUAUAUAAUACUUUGACAGCUUAUGAUCCUUUUGGAAAAAUGAUUGCAAAGCACCGCAAAGUUCAUCUUUUUGAUAUUGAUAUUACUGGCCAGAUAAGAUUUAAAGAAAGUGAUGUUUUAUCAGAAGGAGAUUGGUUAACUCAUAUAGAAACAAAAUACGGUAAACUUGGUGUCGGUAUUUGCUAUGAUAUGAGGUUCCCAGAAAUGGCUAUGAUCGCUGCUCGUAAAGGUUGCUUAGCAAUGAUUUAUCCUGGUGCAUUUAAUAUGACAACAGGACCACUACACUGGGAAUUAUUACAACGUGCAAGAGCUGUUGAUAAUCAAAUGUAUGUUGCUGCUUGUGGACCAGCAAGAGAUGUAAAUGCAGACUAUGUUGCAUGGGGACAUUCAACUAUUGUAGAUCCAAAAGGGGAAGUGAUAGCUACUUGUGAUGAAAAAGAGACAAUUAUUUAUGCUGAUAUUGAUCCUGCUAACGUUCAGACUUAUCGUAAAUAUUUACCUCUUUAUGAUCAACGUAGAUUUGAUAUUUACGGUGAUGUUGCAGAAACGGUGGUUGUUCAUAAAGACGGUACUGUUACAAAGAAGGUGUAA